AUGGCCGCAAACCAGACUUCGAUCGACACGGACGUCGAAAGACAGCUCGAAGCACCGAUGCAUUUCAUAGGCUUGUACGUCGCCGCAGCGUCACUACUCUGCACACUCGUAAUGGCUGCCGACACUUCGCAUGGAUUCUGGAGGAAACGCCACUGGUUCCCGUCGAGAUACUUCGCACUAAACGCCACCUCGCUAACGCUACUCGCAGUCGCAAUGAAGCUCCCGAUGGAUCUCACGACACGCAUGUACGCAGUCACGGAUCGCCUCGCGAAAGUCAGCAGCCUCGCUUUCAUGUCAACCGCCAUGGCCAACUUCUUGCCGUCUCUAGGCUCGAUGCGCGACAACGACGUCUUCAUGAACGUCGUUGCUUUAGCCAUUCUUGUCGUCACAGUUACCAUCAAUGUAGCCAUCCAGGUCUAUCAGAUCCAUUCUUACCUCAACGCCAGGGUGGCGUUCCCCGAAGAAAUCCUAGCCAUUGGUUCGAUGCUCUUCUUGCUUGUUCUGUUCGCUUCGACGGCUCUGAUGAUCCCCCCCACCAAACGGUACCUGGAGAAAAAGUACCACGACAUGCACAAGAUCGCUUCCAAAGAAGAGCAAGACGAUAACGGGAGAAUGUGUACCGAUAAACUGAGAGUAUUGAUCAAGAAGUAUUGGGUGAUGGCAGAAACCAGCAGCCCUCAGUUUGUGAUAGUUCGUUCGGUGACCUGCACUACAUCAGGGGUCGUGAGCAUGAUCGUAGCUCUCAUUUUAUUGGAGGCUGAGUUACGAAUGUCAAUGCAGGUCAAUAUCCUCGAUCAGUCGAUUUCGAGCUAUGCUUGGUCGACGAAAUGGAUUCUGAUUUUGCAGACUAUUGGAGUGAUAGUCGGGACCGUUGCACCAGCAUCCAGAUGGUUCAAUGCCGUCAAAUGUAGAUCGAAAAUCGAGGGAAGCAAGAGCAUUAAGGGUGUGUUUACAGUGGAGGUAUACUGGACACAGAAAUUGGUGGAGUGGAGACAAAGCUCGUUGUCGUUUCAGAUUCGACACCUCGUGAGCAGAAAAUUGCUCCAUCAUCUGAGAGGAAUGUUUCUUAAACUCUGUAUUUCUCUUCAGUGUGUUAUUGUUCUUGCUAGCAAAUUACUCCUUCUGAUCUCCGUCUGUAUAACAAGUCCAAUCAUCUCGUGUAUUAGCUAUUCGGAAUCAACGGCUCGACCGGAGUUGGACAUCAGGGCUUACGUUAUGCUGCUCGAAGGGGAGGAAAAGCUGUCUAAAGAAACCGUGGAGUAUAUCUUGAACGAGGUCGAUAGCGUCAUUCAAAAAGGCAAGAAGCGCAAACCGGCAAAUUUAUCGAAAUUUCUAAAUAAAUCUUGCAACUUUGAUGGUGUGGCGGGGUUCGACAGUCGUCGAAUUCCGAGCCUGCAUUCUGAAGAAGCCGUCCCGUAUUGCUGGUCUCUACCUGUAGUCACUUUGACUAGCAUCGCACUUGCGCUUCCCAAUGUAGAGAAGCGCAAAUCUGAACAACUAAUGAAAAGUGUCACCGAAGGGAUCUCCUACGUGAAACUUAUCGAUACGAUCUUGGACAAAAAAGACGGUCUCGAAAACGUAAGAACUGCAGCAGAUGUUGUCUGGGUUGGAGUUGAGCUGUACCACAGGUGGCAAGACAAGGACCUUCACGAAACGUCACUCGAAGGCAAAAACGGCGCGGAGAUACUACGACAGCUCGGUGACAGAGCUGAAACGACAGUCGUCGAGUUCGAGAGAGAUGAGAGAGACUACUUGAUGAGGGAACCUCUUAAUUGGCCUGCAAAUGUUAUUGCUGCCAACACAAUGUACAGAAUCAGCAGAACAAUUCUGCUGACUCAGAGCGAAAAAACGGAUGACGAACUGUUUGAGCACUUAUCGGUCACGAUAGCAGAUGUACUAGCGGCAUGUCUUACCAAUUUAGGACACGUAAUAACCGUGACAUGCCGACGUAAUGCAAUUGAGGAGAGGGAGAAAAGCGUGCGUAAAGCGGCGCUUCUUCUCGGUGAAACCGAAGACAUUAUCGCACAUCUCAGGCAACGUGAACUCCCACUCUCGGCCCCCGAUCGAGGAGCUUCCGUUCAAGAAUGGCGAGCAUUAAUCGACACUGCAAACAACAUUAAUCGGGAUUUCAAUUCUAAAACGGAAAUUGAAACAGGUGCUUCAAAAUGCAGAGAAGCGAUCGUAGAUAUAAAAGUCGAAUGA